AUGAGAGCCUGGAUCCCCCCUAGAGAGGAAUAUUCGGUGCCGGCAGGAACUGCAGAUUUCGGACAGUUCCUUGGAGAAUUCUUCCUGGCAGAGGGCUUUCAUGACGUCAUCGUCCUGCUCGACUAUCAAUCCUACGGCGAAGGAGAGAGGCAGACUCUGUUGAAUAGCAUAAUGGAGAAGUCUAUCACGAUUCAGGCCUUCGAAUUGAGAGAUGAAGGAGGACGAAGAUCGUUUCUGUCGACGAUGGAGACCAUGAAACAGAAGAUGUUUGGUUCUCACGGGCUUCUCUUCGUGUCCAGGGACCAGCGACUCAGCACGUCACUUCUCGAAAUGCAUAUUACUGCUCUUAUCACUAAGAUCCGGGAGAAGGACCUGAUUCGGCGUGGAUAUCUGUACGUGUUCCCGGAUCUGUUGGAGACCGAGAUGGAAGGCUAUCGACUCGUCAUCGAGCCCAUGCGGAUCGUCUUCCUUCGCAGGGCCUUCCUCGCUUCUUCUCAGGGUGGCACGGAUGCAUCUUCUCCACGCUUGCUAGUGGACGUGUACUACAACCAGGCGUGUGCUCGGCCUUGUCCUCGUCCAGUGAAGGUCAACGAUUGGUCCUUGAAUGGGGGAUUCAGGUUUCUCCCGCCACUUCCCCGACCUGAAGACGUCUACAGGAAUCUUCAGGGCCGGACCUUUCGACUUCCCGUCAUCUAUUCACCUCCGUGGUAUCGCUACCAGUUGGCCGAUAACGGGUCCGUCGUGAACCCGGGCGGACGGGAUCACGCGGCAGUCGUCGUGCUCGCCCAAGCGCUCAACUUCACCUGGGUCCUUUUCCAAAACGAGACGACAAGAGGCUCCACAUUUGAAAACGGAACGUUUUCUGGCGUCCUUGGCCGUAUCAUGGGCAGGGAUUACGAGUGGUUUCUGGACGACACGACCCAGACGGAAGAGAGGAACAUGGCCGUGGAAUUUUCCUUCCCGACGCUGGACGACGCAGACGGAUUCAUCUUCAAGGCGCCACCGCCACAGGACCCGGGGUUCUUCCAAGUCUCGGGGAUUCCCGUGCCGGGGUGGACGUUGCUGCUCGCUGCGGGUCUCGCCAUCACCCUGGCUCAUGCUGGACUUCAAUGGGCAGCCGGGGAGAGAGGGGAUGUUGGGUGGAAGGCCUUCUUUGCUGCCUACGGGGGAUCACUUCAGCAAAACGAUGUCCCCGUGCCACGAGGGAACCCGGGCCGGGUCCUCAUGGUCUUUUUCUUCUCCUACGCCUUGGUCAUGGGGACUCUCAUCAACGCUAGCCUCGUCUCGCUUUACACCAACCCAGGCAAAGUGAGGACGAUGGAGACCCUGGAGGACUUGAACGAGGCGUUGGGGCCGGGGAAUGCGAGGGCUAUCGUUGUUCCCGGCAGUUCCACUUUUGGACUCCUCUCUAUCUCGAAGUCGAAUCCAUUUGGAGCUCUCGAUCCGGACACCUCGGCCUCACGGAAGCAAGAGGACCACGUCUUCCCCGGUGUCGUCUGCGAAGAAACUAUGAAGUAUCGUUUCCAAAAGUAUUGGGGUCUCAUGCCAAUUGAAACUCGCUGUGUUGGCGAUUUGUCGACAUCUUACUUCGGGAAGGGAAGCGGGGUGUACGCGAGCAUCUACUACAAGAUGCAGCGGCAGACCGGCGGAUACAGCGUGGACAGCAUCGAGAAAGGGAUCGAAGCAGUCUGCUCAGCUCCGGUUCGCCUCCCCACUGUCUUCAUCGAAGGGCGGAAGGCACUCGACUACUACCACGAUCGGGUCAACCGAGUCAACGGUAGCGGAGGGAGGGAAUUUCUGCACUUGAACGAGGAGAUCUUCUUCACUAAGUAUAAAGGGAUCGCAAUGCAAUGGGGUUCUGCUUAUCUGCCGGCCUUCAACCAAAUGAUCCUCAGACUGUGGCAAUCAGGGAUCAUUUUCAAGCUGACGCACGACGAAUUCACGAGAGUAGAAGAAGGAUUCGCGGGGAAGAAUGGUGAAGGGGAGGAAGGGAAACGGAAACCCUUGACCCUCAAGCAGAUGACAGGCUCAUUCGCUGUCUUCGGCGCCGGUCUCUCUGUUGCAGGCACGUUCCUCUAA